GAAUAUUCGGAGGGGACGGGCCAGUGUUGUGGAGCCGAACAGAGCGAGGUCAGAACAGGGAGAGAGCGCGGAGUGGAGGGAUCGCUGUGUAGCCCGAAUCGUGCGGGGAGCGCUGUGAGACCCACACGGAGCUUUUACUCUCUGGCACUGGGGGGCUGAAUCCAACAGGGAGGAGUCCGGCUCAUUUCGCUGGGGCCCCAAAGGAGGGGGACGGGGCCAGUCUCCGGGAGAUGAGAGUUACUGUCUCUCGGCCUGAGCCGGGCGAGGAAGGCUAUGAAAGUCCCGGGCUGAGGUGGCACUGCAGAGCCCUGGCAGGCCGAACUCCAGCGGAGUGAUACCAUGGCAUCAAAGGGUCCUUUAAUGUACAACUGCUCGCCCCACCCCCCCGUACGAUGAUGACGCAGGUAAGAAAUGGGAUGUGAGUGCAGCGCUCAGCGACUAUGACCAGAUGCACCAGACCGGAGCCGGGGGACUGGGUCAUUCCUUCAGUGAAGGACGAAACUUUAAUCCCACUGAGACCGGGCGAUCCCUGAGACCAACGCUACAGCGACAAGAGGAUGUUGUACAAGAAAAGCGUUUAUCUCGAGGGAUCUCCCACGCCAGCUCCUCCAUUGUUUCCCUGGCCCGCUCCCACGUCUCCAGUAACGGCAGCAACGAGCACCCCCUGGAGACCCCCGUGUGCACCUUCCAGCUCCCUGACCUGACUGUGUACAAGGACGAGUUCCGGAACUUCAUUGAGAGAGACCUGAUCGAGCAGUCCAUGCUGGUAGCCCUGGAGCACGCCGGUCGCCUUAACUGGUGGGGGCAGUUGGAUCCAUCCUACCAGCGCCUUCUCCCUUUGGCAACUACCGGUGAUGGAAACUGCUUGCUCCACGCUGCAUCUCUUGGAAUGUGGGGGUUUCACGACCGGGAUCUGAUGCUCCGCAAGUCCCUGUACACAUUGAUGGAGAAGGGAGCAGAGAAAGAUGCGCUGAAGAGAAGGUGGAGGUUUCAGCAAACCAUGCAGAAUAAAGAGUCUGGCCUUGUGUAUACAGAAGAGGAAUGGCAGAAGGAGUGGAACGAUUUGAUAAAGCUGGCGUCCAGUGAGCCUCGCAUGCACUACGGUACAAAUGGCGGCAAUUGUGUCGGAGUUGAAAGCUCUGAGGAGCCUGUAUACGAGAGCUUGGAAGAGUUCCACGUCUUUGUUCUUGCUCACGUACUGAAGAGACCAAUUGUUGUAGUGGCCGACACAAUGUUGCGGGACUCAGGGGGAGAAGCAUUUGCUCCGAUUCCCUUUGGGGGCAUUUACCUUCCCCUUGAAGUGCCGCCUAACAAAUGCCAUAGCUCACCUCUGGUCUUGGCGUAUGACCAGGCUCACUUCUCUGCUUUGGUGUCGAUGGAACAGAAAGAGCAAAGCAAGGAACAAGCACCUUUUAUCCCACUGACAGAUUCGGAUCACAAAUUACUGCCUGUGCACUUUGCUGUGGAUCCCGGAAAGGACUGGGAAUGGGGGAAGAACGACUCUGAUAAUGUCUGUCUGGCCAGUGUUAUCUUAUCGCUGGAAGCCAAGUUGAACCUGCUGCAUAACUACAUGUCUUUAACCUGGCUUUCUCUGCCCUGUGAAACACAGGCGCCACUGGCCCAACCAGAGUCUCCUACCGCCUCGGCUGGUGAUGACGCUCGCUCUGCUCCAGAGUCCGGAGAGUCGGACAAAGAGUCUGUGUGCAGCAGCUCUGCAAGCAACGGGGGAAGCAAAAGUGGGAAGGAAAAAGACAAGGAAAAGGACAAGUCGAGGAAAGACAAGGAGAAAGAUAAGAAGAGGGCUGACUCUGUGGCCAAUAAAUUGGGCAGUUUUGGAAAAAGCUUGGGGAGCAAAUUAAAGAAGAACAUGGGGGGCUUGAUGCACAGCAAAAGCAUCAAGGCAGGAAUGAGUAAUGGGCAAGGGGACACACUGGAAAAGAAGAAGAAGGGUUCCCUCAAGGGGCGUAAAGGAAGCAAAGAAGAGUCAUCUCAAAGCGACGUGUCCCCGCAGCCUGAGAAGUCGAGCUCUAGCAAGGCGUCUGCAGACAAGUCCCAAGGAGAUCCUUACAAAUACAGCCACGACAUCAAACUGAGCCUGAGCAUCCUGCGGGCUUCAAUGCAGGGCGAGCGCAAGUUCAUCUUCGCCUGCCUUCUGAAAACCAGCGACCGACAGCCUUACCAGAAGCAGAUGAUCCAGAGGUACCUGCUCGACGCAGAAGAUCGAUUUGUGGCCGAGCAGAAACAAAGGGAAGCCGAGAAAAAGGCGCUCGUAAACGGCGGCACCGCUAAAAGGCUGGAACCGGAAACGCUCCAGCCCAAAGGGGACGAACUGCUCCCACUCCCUUCCUAUUCCCAGGUAACUGCUAACAGCUACGGCAUGGAAUAUGGACUGGGGCCUAAAGGAGCAUUGCCCUCCAGUUACUCUGGGGGUUUCACCAUCCCUAGACCUAGUGUUGUGAACCCAUCUGACAAUUGCCACCCUCAUAGUUACCAGGACAGUAGAAGGCAGUUAGCAGGGGGUUCCUGCAAUAACUUACCUUCAUACGCCACACUCCCACGACACUGCGUUCAGUCCCGGCUUCACCCCUACCAGUCCAGCCCCCCGCACUUGGGCAGAACCUCUCCUCUAGAGACUGAGCUGCCGCCGGUAUAUCCUGAGGACUGUGAGCAGACGAUCUGCUUCACUCAUAGCAAUGGCUACCGAGAGUACACCGACCCCAGCACCCUGCCCAGAGCAGCGGCCUCUGAUGGGAAUAAAAGCCGGACACUGUACACUGUUCUGCAGACCAAGUGUAAGCAAUCAAACUGCACUUUUUAUGGACAUCCAGAAACGGGGAAUUAUUGCUCCUGCUGUUACAAGGAGCAACUGAGGCGGAAAGAACGGGAGAAAGAGGCGUUGAUACAUAGGUUCUAAAGUAUCCAAAAAAAAAUUUUUGACUCAAAGUCCAUGAAUUGUUUGGGUAGAGAUAACGAUGCAAUAUUUCAGCGGUCUCCUCCCGGCAUUCAGUGAGGCACCAGAGCAGAACAGCAGGUGUAAAAACCCCAAUGGAGUUCUAAAGAAGGGCGAUGGCAUCAGUUGUUUUUUCUAAAUAUGGGGUUGACUGUUGUGAUAAAAAAGUCUAGAGAGUCUAGUUUAGUAAAUUUUUUAUGGCUGCCUCCAUAGCACUUUAGGAAGGUUCCACCCCUUUCUUGCUCCCAACCCCCCCCCCUUAAAAGCAUGUAUUUUGUUGACCCCCCCAUCUUGAGAAUAGGAGUGGCCCUUGAGCUCCGGAGUUGGUUUGUCUUUCUUGGGUCAGCACCAGCAGAAUAUAUAUACAUACAGGUAUGAGACCUGUUAUCCAGAAUGCUUGGGACCUGCCGUUUUCCAGAUUUCCUUCAUUUGGAUCUUCAUACCUUAAGUCUGCUAUAAAUAGAUUAAACAUUAAAUA